AUGUUUGAAGCUAAAGGAGUAGAAAUUUCAUUGUCUCUUAAAUUUGUAGGAGUGUCACUUCUGAAGGAAUCAAUGAAGGAGAUCAAGUGGGUGCUUGUUUGGGUACUUGCUCGCAAGAAUGCAGGCCGAAACAUUCUCAAGGGCCUUUCUAGAGAGCUUAUUAAACAACAGGUCUCAAACAUGUAUCUGUGGCCAAAAGCCCUGGAAGUACCAAUAUUGGAUCCAUCAAAAGCCAUGAAAAAACCUGUUGGAAAUCUCCAUAUGAAGGUUGUGAGGGCAAUGAAGCUUAAGAAGAAAGAUCUACUGGGGGCAUCAGAUCCUUACGUGAAACUUAAGCUCACUGAGGACAAGCUUCCCUCAAAGAAAACAACUGUCAAACACAGGAACUUGAAUCCUGAAUGGAAUGAGGAAUUUAAUAUGGCUGUUAAGGAUCCAGAAUCUCAAGCCCUAGAGAUAAUUGUUUAUGAUUGGGAACAGGUUGGCAAGCAUGACAAGAUGGGUAUGAAUGUUAUUCCUUUGAAAGAGCUUACACCUGAUGAGCCUAAAGUUAUAACUCUUGAAAGAGCUUACACCUGA